AUGGCGCAGCCGGCAGCGCCGAGGGAGAGGCUCCGCUCGCCGCCUAGGAGAAAGGAGGUCAGGAGAGCUCUGGAGCUUUUUUCUGCUCGGAAAAAAAUCCCGGUUGUUCUGGUCUCCCUGCAUGAGCUCAUCCCACAUCUGGGGGCCAGCCUGGUGGCCCUGGACUGGUGUAGGCGCCACCGGCCCCGGCCCGCCAAGGCAGCGCCUUAUGAAAGCGGUGGGACCCGCGCUGAGGCCGACUGCAGCCCCACGCAGAAGCGCGGCAGGUGUCUGCUGGGGGGCGCUGGGGCGCCGCCGGCGGGCAGCGGGCGGCUGACGCACUCGGGCGUUUGGCUGCGGGCGGCAGAGGGGCGCUGGGUGGCGGUGGAUGGUCGGUCCCCCUGUCUUCGAGCCCCGAGUGGACAAAGGGAGUUUCGGAAAGAGAGGAGGAAAAUGGCCAGUGGGAGUGGAUUCCCUUCGUCCUUGGCCCUUGUGGCCAAGCACCCCUCCGCCCUGGGCCCAUUCCCCAGAUACAUCUGGAUCCACCAGGACACACCCCAAGACAGCCUAGACAAGACUUGCCAUGAAAUCUGGAAGAGGGUUCAGGGCCUGCCUGAGGCCCUGCAGCCCAGGCCCCCCAAGGAACAGCUCUCUGCCACCAUGGCUGGAACCCCAAGAGACAAAGGGAACAGCUUCCAAGAAGACAGAGCUCUGGAGCUCAACCAUGGCAAAGACGAUAUCUCCCGGUUGGUGGAGCAGGAGUUCUUGAGCCUCACCAAAGAGUACCUCGUCUUGGUCACAGAGAGCUCAGGAGACCUGGAGGCACCCAGAGGCUCUCCAGAGGGGCCUAGACAGCCAGCUCCCUCCCUUCUCAUGCCUCCUCUGGUGGCAGGCAGCAGUGGAUGCUCACAGGCCCCCGUCAUUACCAGUGACAAGUUUCUGGAGCCAAAGGUGGCCGUGUCUGAUAUCGGCAGUGGGCAAGACUGCAAUUCUGCCAUGCCUGCGGUCACGGGCAACCUGUGUGCUGCCAAGAUCAACUGUGCCAAGGGGGCAGAGGAUGGGGGUCACAGCCUGGGUGCCUCCAACUCGGAGAUCAGAAAACUGCUGGCCCAGUUCCCACUGAAGUCCACUGAAGCAUCCAAGGCCCCCGACAACAAGAAGGUGCAGGAGGAGACGAGGCUCAUCAAGGACUUCCUGCAGAACAGCAUGUUCAGUGGCCCCGGACCCAGGGAGCCUUCAGGGCUGGGUCCGUGCCUGCUCCUGCCACCCCUCCCUCCUCCCACAGCCCCGGACAAGCUUCCUAUUCUGAGGAGGCAGCUCCCAGUGUUUGCCAAGAUCUGCUCCAAGCCCAAGGCAGACUGUGCCAUGGAGAGGCAUCACUUGAUGGAACAGAACCCUGGCACCAAGGAGCCGACCAAGGGCCGAGAGAGCCUCCUUCUCAGCCAGCAGUCCCAGAGCAAGAAGGACUCCUCUGGCAAGGAGGGUUGCAGCGAGCCAGUGGGCCCCAUAUCCAUGGCCCUGGCGGUCAAGAAGCCUGCGUGUCCAGCUGAGAAGACCAUGUGCUAUGAGUUUCUUGGGACCAUCAAGAACCCAAGUGGGCAGCUGAAGCUUCGCAGCAAAGUGGAGGUGGAUAGGCUGGAUCUGAAAUCUAACACGCCUGUGAUGGUGGCUGCCAAGAACAACCUCAAGCACACGGGGAAGGUUUUCACCCCACACUGUGCCACAGCCUUGCCCUCCGCCACACCCCUGACCCAGCCACUCUGGCUCAACCUGAACUAUGCGCCACCUCCUGUAUUCACCAAUCUCUCCACCUUACCACAGUAUCAGGUGAUGCCAUAUAACCUACAGCAGAUGGGACAGCAGAUUUUCCACUCUUCCUACAACCCCCUACUGAGCUACAUCCCCUUCAUCCAGCCCAACUAUCAAUACCCUCAGGGGACACCCCCGAAGCUCUCCACCAAUCCCCGAGACCCUUCCCUCAUGGCAAGUGAUGGGCUGCAGUACCUCAUCCCCCAGGCAUAUGGGUUCGGCUCAACGUCUGCUGGGGCCCUGAGGAACAGCCCUUAUUUUUCCUCCAGCGGGAAUGGCAAAAAUUUUUAGACCUCCUCUUCUUCUCCCUCCUCCUACCUUAGCCCUAGGAUCAGGGCUAAGGGCUCUGGAUUUCUGGGUUCUGCAAACAGCUUGGUAUGAAGUUUGGAAAGCGAGUCCUCCGACCAGGUCUCAGACAGAAAACAGCAAGACCAGACUCAUCUAUUGAACAACACCACACACACACACACGCAUGCACACACACACACACACACACACACACACACACACACACACAGCCCAAGCCACCUACACCCUCAUCUUCAUGCUCACUUGCCCAACCACAUAAGCACCUGUAUUUAGCUAACAUGAGUGAUUUUUGUUUUUGUUGUCGUUCAAAUAAA